AUGACUUUAGCCUAUGGCUGCUGUGUUUCCUUUCAGAGCUCCUCUGACAGGGAGUCCAUUCUCACCAUACUCCAGGUCCUCGGAGAUCUGCUUUCUGUUGGCACAGACCACAGGAUCCGCUACCUGAUCAGCAAGGGCGGAAGUGAGGCCCUUCUGCGGACCCUGGUGGACACAGCGAGGACGGAGUCCCCCGACUAUGGCAUCCUGUUGCCCCUCUUCCGACUGCUGGCCAAAGUUGGCCUCCGAGAUAAAAAGUUUGGACAGAAGGCACUGGAACUGGAAGCACUUGAUGUGACAUUGAUUCUGGCCCGGAAAAACCUGUCUCACAGCCAGAACCUCCUCCACUGCCUCUGGGCUCUGCGUGUGCUCGCCUCUAGUGUCACCACGGGGGCCAUGCUGGGAAUUAAUGGAGCGAUGGAGCUGCUUUUCCAGGUCAUCACCCCUUAUACCCAGAGGCGCACCCGAAUCAUCAGGACUGCCACGGAAGCUCUGGCGGCAUUGCUGAGACCCAAGUCGAACAGGCGCCGGGCGGUGAACAGGGGCUACGUGGCCCACCUUCUGCGGCUGCACCAGGACUGGCACAGCCACGACUUGGCCAGCGCCCACCUGCCCAUCCGCCGGGCACUGCUGCUCUGCCUGCGGCAUGUGGUCUCCCUCCGGUCGGGCAGGGAGGCCUUCCAGGUGGCCCACGGCAUGGAGCUUCUCUUCCGGACCACACAGAGCUGCCUGGAUGAUGCUCGCCUGGAGUCCGUCCUCUCCAUCAUGUUCCAGAUCCUGAGGCAGUGCUGCCCUAAACGCCCCCUGCCCUUGGCCGCAGCCAGCAGUGCUUACGCCUUCCCCGUCCCGGGCAGCAUCGCUUCUGAGCCUCCCCGUGUUCUCGAUGAAGAGGAUUGUGAAGAUGAUGAUGAUGAAGAAAUGGACAGAGACUCAGAUUCUGAAGAUGUGAAAGAGGAAGAUGAUGACUUGGAAACAGAUGUGAACAAGCUGCGUUCCUACCCCGGUCUUGACCGACCUGAAGAGGAAUUGAAGCAAUAUGGAGCAAUGUGUCUUGAGCUUUCCUGUAGCUUUGAGGAAUUGGAGCCCAGCCUUGGCGAUGAUUUGAAGGUUGGAGAGACUCAGCAUGUCAAUCACCAGCACAUUCCGACUGUUGCCUCCCCCAUGCAGCAGUGCCUGACCACGGACCAAAGCUCCUGGGGGCAAGAAAGAAGAGACACAGUCCACACUUCCCUUCUGAGCAGGGCGAAGGUGGGGUGGUCCACUGUGCACCAAGCCUCCACAAAGCGACCUGUCAUGAGCCCAUGCCGAAAUGCACAGCCCAAUGGUCUUGGGGUAGAUCCUUCUGGAAAUGAAACCCCUGACAUUUGGACUUCCCUCCAAGAGGAUGCUUGGGACAUAGAUGAGACUUUCUGCCCAAGGAUUAGUGCCUCCUUUUCCAAGGGAGAAAAAGGAGUUUCCUUCACUAGGUCUGGAGAAGGUGCCGAAGCGAUCGAUGAACUUCUGAAGACGCAUCCUACGCCCAUCCCCUUCCACGAUCCCUGUCUUUAUAUGGCCAAUGCUCGAAGAACCAGGUCCGUGGCUGACUUCACGACGCUGGCAUUUCCCGAUCUCUGGGGACACUGUCCACCUCCCUCUGCCCAGUCUAUGUUGGAACGUAAAUACGGAGUGCAAAGGAUCAAGAUAUUGGAGGAUGUCCGGAGGCUAAUCCAGCCAAGCGAUGUUAUAAAUAAAGUGGUUUUCAGCCUAGAUGAGCCUCGGCCCCUGCAGGACUCCUCUUGCGACUGCUUGCGGUUCUUCUCCAAGUUCGAGUCAGGAAAUCUCCGCAAAGCCAUCCGUGUGCGUGAGUUUGAAUACGACCUUCUGGUCAAUGCAGAUGUGAACAGCGCCCACCACCAGCAGUGGUUCUACUUCCAGGUGGGCGGCAUGAGGGCUGCUGUCCCAUACCGCCUCAACAUCAUCAACUGUGAGAAGCCCAACAGCCAGUUCAAUUAUGGGAUGCAGCCAACGCUGUAUUCUGUGAAGGAGGCUCUUCUUGGCAGGCCCACCUGGAUACGGGCAGGCUACGACAUCUGUUACUACAAAAACCACUAUCGCCAGAGCGCAGCCGCCACCGGGGGAGCAUCUGGGAAGUGUUAUUACACCCUGACCUUUGGCGUCACCUUCCCGCACAGUGGGGACAUCUGCUACCUGGCCUACCACUACCCCUACACUUAUUCAGCCCUCACGACUCACCUUGACAUUCUGGCAAAAAGCGUGAAUCGCAGGCAGGUCUACUUCCGGCAGGAAAUUCUCUGCCAGACGCUGGGAGGGAAUGCAUGUCCACUGGUGACCAUCACAGCCAUGCCGGAGUCUCCCAGCGCCGACCACCUCGAGCAGUUCCGGCAGCGUCCAUACCAAGUGAUCACUGCCCGAGUUCACCCAGGAGAGAGCAAUGCCAGCUGGGUGAUGAAAGGGGCCCUGGAGUUCCUGGUCAGUGAUGACCCUGUGGCCAAGCUCUUGAGGGAAAACUUCAUUUUCAAGAUCAUCCCCAUGCUCAACCCAGAUGGUGUCAUCAAUGGCAACCACAGAUGCUCGCUGAGAGGGGAGGACUUGAACCGGCAGUGGCUCUCGCCCAGCGCUGAGCUCCAGCCGACCAUCUACCAUGCCAAAGGCCUCCUCCACUACCUGAGCAGCAUUGGCCGGAGUCCCGUGGUCUUCUGUGACUUCCACGGCCACUCGCAGAAGAAGAACGUGUUCCUUUACGGCUGUAGCAUCAAAGAGACCCUGUGGCAGGCAGACUCGGCUGCAGGAGCAUCUGUCCUCUUGGAGGAUGUCAGCUACAGGGCUCUUCCCAAAAUCCUUGAUAAGCUAGCACCAGCAUUUACGAUGAGCAGCUGCAGCUUCCUCGUGGAGAAAUCCCGAGCCUCCACCGCCCGGGUCGUGGUGUGGAGGGAGAUGGGGGUGUCCAGAAGCUACACCAUGGAAAGCAGCUACUGUGGUUGCAACCAGGGACCCUACCAGGGCCUGCAGCUCGGGACCAGCGAACUGGAAGAGAUGGGUGCCAUGUUCUGCCUGGGGCUCCUCAUCUUGGAACUCAAGUCCGCAAACUGCAGCCAUCAGCUCCUGACCCGCGCGGCCACCCUGCUGGACGCCGAGAAAGAGGCUCUGGACUACCACCUGCAACGCCCCUCCGCCGUGUUCCUGAACCCUGUCGGCCUGCGGGACCAGCCGACAAGUGGCGCCCAACGUCGGGACACGAUGAUCUUCACCGCCAUCCCUAAUUCCCAGCCUGCCCAGGAGCAAGACAGGUUGACUUAG